GCGCGCUUCGUUAGUUGCGGGGGAGGUUACGUUUCUGCCGAUCGGUUCUCUCGAUGUUUUGUGAUCUCGAUAGCCGGUAGCAACGGCUGCUGCGCAACGAUCUAUCCCGAAAAGAGUGCAAACGUGUCAACGUACGACCGAUUCUUUUUUUCCGCGUCGAGGCCAGCACUUGGUCGAGUUCGCCUUACGAAAUUUGUCAGUUCGUCAGUCUUCACGCUCGAUCGAAUUAACGUCUUCAAUGGUAACGAUCGUUCCGCGGUAUCAGUGAUCGGUUCUUGUGUUAAAACUGGAAUCGUGGUCGCGGUCUAGCUGGAUACGUAGUGAUUGUCGCCCAGAAGGCGAAGGGAAAUCGUGGUGCAAGAUUAUCCAUCGAGCGGCGAUCGAUGGAAGUAGUGGUGCGUGAGAACGCGUACGGAACUCGAGAACAGUGCGGAAUAGAGAUGUUUAUCGAGGCUCCAUUCGAGUGAGUAGCGCGAGCAACCCUUAGGACCACCGAUGACAAGGCAUAGCACCACGUGUUCACGGCGUAAUUCUGCCUGGACCUGAGCUGACUGAGAAACGGGCCCUUCGAGAACGAUGGUGCGGAAAGUGUGAACAAGCACGGUUUUUUUUUUACUCGCUAGUGGAUAACGCGACAGUCGGCGACGGGAACCUCGGACAUCUCCGCGAGACAGAAAAAGGCGACUGGGAACAAGACGUAAACGUCGUUAGGAUGGUUUGAGGGUGAAAUUAUCAAGAGACGCUCGUCAGUAUGCUGUGGAUAUUGAUCGCAGUGACGUGCAUCGAGGUAUCGACCUUUGCCAGCGCACAGUCGAGAAAAACUACUCUAACUCAAGAAGAUCGGAACAGCGCCGAGCCUGAGCAUCCCAUACCCAUGGAGUCGAUACAGGGAGUGGCAGGACAGAAGGCGACUUUGCCCUGUAAUAUACAACCCCGUGAGUCGAACGACGCCGUCUCCAUGGUGCUCUGGUUCAAAGAGGACAGCGGGGAGCCCUUUUACAGCUACGACGCGAGGAAUCGACAGUUCGAAAAACCGAAACUGUGGAGCGACACACAGUUUUGGGGUGACAGAGCGUUUUUCAAAGCGAGUCCGCCGGCACAGCUGACGAUCCGAGACCUGCGAGAAAGCGACGAGGGCGUGUACAGAUGCAGGGUUGAUUUUCGCAACUCGCCGACCAGGAACCUCAAGGUCAACUUCACCGUUAUCGUACCGCCAGCCAAGCCGAUAAUCUACGACGAGAAGAAGAGGGACAUGAGCAAACUCCUCGAGGCCUAUCCCGAAGGAGCAGACCUCUUUCUUGUUUGCGAGGUGCACGGAGGUAAACCCAGGCCUCGAGUUACGUGGCUUCUGGAGUCGCAGAUAAUUGAUGCGCAGUCGGAGGUUCGGGAGACCCAAGGGCCAGGGGGUGAAACCAACGUCGUAACCAUAAGCAACGUGACGCUGAAAGGUCUCACGAGGAGCCACUACCACGCCAAAUUGUUCUGCAAGGCGAGCAAUACUCAUUUAGCAUCGCCGCCUACCACUGCCGUCAUCAUAGAACUUUACAUGAAGCCGCUGAAAGUCGAAAUUAUGGGAAAGGGCAAGAUCCUAUCGGCGGGGAAGAAGUACGAGACUAGGUGUCAGAGCACGGGAUCAAAGCCGCCGGCAGUUUUAACCUGGUGGAAAGCUUCGAAGCAGCUCAAGAGGACGAUCAAAAACUUUCAGGAGGACGGUACGAGCGUCAGCAUACUGCAAUGGACACCGUCGACCGAAGACGAGGAAAAGUUUCUCGUGUGUCGAGCGACGAAUCCAAAGCUGCAAGAGACCGGCAUCGAGGAACGAUGGAAGCUAAAAGUGCACUUUGCCCCUAUCGCCACUCUGAAGAUGGGCUCGUCGUUGAAUCCGAAGAACAUCAAGGAAGGCGACGGCGUUUACUUCGAGUGCAACGUUAGGGCGAAUCCUAAGGCUUACAAAUUGGCGUGGUUUCACGAGGAAGAGCAGCUUCAUUCCAACGUCACCGCCGGCAUAGUACUCUCGGACCACUCUCUGGUGCUUCAGAGAAUAACUCGAGAAUCUGGUGGAAACUACACAUGCAUGGCCGUCAAUGCCGAGGGUCGAGCUAGAUCUAACGCAGUCGACCUCCAGGUUAUGUUCGCCCCUAUUUGUAAGCACGUUGUAAAUUCCGCCGGCUGGAGGUACCAGAACGCAACACCGCCGCCUUUAAACGUUCCCGAAGAGAUUCACGGAGCCUUGAAACACGAGACCAUCAGUUUGGUCUGCGAGGUGGAAGCCAACCCUACAUCCGUCACCUUCCAUUGGACCUUCAAUAGCAGCGGAGAUCUCAACGAUAUUCCGUCCACAAAAUACACUAACGAAGGCACAUCGAGUAGACUCAAUUACACCCCGUCAUCCGAUAUGGAUUACGGAACGUUAGGCUGUUGGGCGAGGAACGUCGUCGGUUCAUCCAAACAGCCGUGUCUCUAUCAAGUGAUCGCAGCAGGCAGGCCUUACCCGCUUCAAAACUGCACGGCCUACAAUCAAACUGGUUCCUGGAUAAGGAUAUCGUGUACGGAAGGAUACGAUGGCGGAUUGCCACAAAAAUUCGUCGCGAUCGUGGACAAACAACGACUGGAAUCGCCGAGUCCUUACUGGGACCUGGAGCUUCACAAACCGACGACGGUCGCCCUUUACGCUGUCAAUAUGAAAGGAUCCAGCGAUCCAGUGAUCAUGGAAGGGGUAGCGCUUAAAGGAGUAGCCAAGUUCACCGGUGAAUCGGUAUCUUCGGUGGACAUGUCGCCGAUCCUGAUUGGGCUAGGUGGCACGGCGACCGGUUUGGGGCUAAUCGUGACUGGAGUGCUGAUGGCGCUUUGGCGAAAACACGCCGCCACUCCAGCGAAACCAAAACCACCCCAACAACCUAGCAUCGCGACAUUCGCUGGCAAAGGUGAAGAGGAAGACGGGAAUCCUGAUCUUAUACCCACCACAGCCUUGACCAAUCAUUUCACAGAUAGAAAGCUUCUACAUUACGGGUCCCUGCCACGAAGGCCGCGUCAAUUGGAAGGACGAGAGAUGUCUUACGACGUCGUAGAAGAUUCAGAUUAUCCACGAGCAUCGCCAAACACGUUUUACAGUCUCCAGAGGCCACAACGAUAUUCAGAGACGGUAAUCAGAAGCGCGGCGAUCCAGGAAAGUUGCAUUUAAGAAUGAAACAACGACGAAGAAACAAAUAAUCCCGAGCCACGGUGAUCAAGGAAAAGGAAACGUAUCCUUCAAUGGGCACAGCCGCGAAGCAACGAAAUGCUUCGCGGAUCGCGCAAGAAACGAAAAUCAAAAAAGACUAAAGCCACCACGCUUAUGCCAUCUUGUACACGUUUAAGCGUACGAACACAUUUAUUAGCCACACGACAACAGCAUGUCUUUGUAAAUAUUGUAUAUAAAUAAAACAUCG